AAAAAUAUUUUUUUAUUUUGUUUACUGACAGAACAGCACGUGGGUACUGACCUCGUGGCGUUGUUUGGUCGCCAUUUUUGUGAAAUCAUCAACACUGUCAACGUUCAUUAAUCAAAAUGAGUGAUGAAGACCGCGAUGUCGACAUCGAAAGCGACGAAGAGGACGAAGAUGGCUUUAACAGUAUGGGUACACAGAGCUCGACCAGCUACAUGACGCCGGCUGAACGUCGAGCUCACCACAAUGCUCUGGAAAGAAAACGUCGAGACCACAUCAAAGAAAGUUUCACCAGCUUACGGGACUCUGUCCCUCAGCUUCAUGGUGAAAAGGUAAAAGUUUCGAGAGCACAAAUUUUGAAAAAGGCAGCAGACUACAUAACAUACAUGAGGAGGAAAAACCACAGUCAUCAGCAGGAUAUUGAUGAACUCAAAAAACACAACAGCAUAUUGGAACAACAAAUAAAAUCUUUAGAAAAGGCAAAAAGCACAGGACAGUUUGCAGUGUCAGGAUCUGUGAGUUCUCGCAGUGGAUCUUUGUCGUUUGACGCUUCUGGUUCUGACUCUGAGGAACCUAAUGGACAAGUACCAGUGGCAAAAAAAAUAAAACUGUCUUUAGACUGACAAAAAUGGGCAGCACAUUGUUACGGGAAAGACAUUGUUACCUUGAGACUCAGCAAUUCCAAAAUAUACAUAAAUGUGUGUGUGAAUGUGUCAUGACAAAUUAUUGCAUUACAGAAUGUGGUUCUAUAAUGUUUUUCUCAAGAUUUGAGGAAUUUGAAAUUACAUGGCCACUGAAGAUGUGAUAGUGAAUGAGAUUAGAUUUUCGAAAUUCAAGCUAGAUUGACGGGAUUUAUUUGUGUCAUACAUGUACUACAGUAAGUACUGGAACUGGUUUUGAAAUGGUUGAAAUGAUCAGUUAUGCAAAAGAGCCGCGCUGUGGGAAGACCAGGCUUAUUGCAUGUGCCUAAAGUGUCGUUCCAGAUAAGCCUGUUCAGUCUGCACAGUCUCAUCAUGGACAACACUCCUCUUUUAUGGAUUUUGUGUGGAAAGGAGGUCUUUAUUAAAAGAAAAUCCAGAAGCGGAAGAAAGUCUCACCCCACAUUAGUGUUGCCCCAGAAAAGCCUUUGAAGACUGCACAGCUAAUAUGGGACAAAACUUUGGCACCUUAAGCCUGGUUUGCAAAUAGUGUGGUUUAAAUGUACAGUAUAGCAAAGUGCCAUUGCUUGUAUGGAAACUUUAUAUGGUUUGCUUCAAUUACUAGCGUUAUUGAAACAGAAAAGAAAAUCAGAAAUCUGAUGAAAAAUCUUUUCUGUUAUUGGGAUUCUAUGCUUCAUGUAUUUUAUGAGCUGGGUUCAACUCAAAAAUAUUAGUUUGUAACCUGCUUAUAUAGGAUUGUAAAUCAAGUCCAAACCAACAACAGUUUUUUUUUAAAUUAUAUAUUUUAAGUUAUAAACAAGAUGAUGUUAUUGUUGAAGUUGAUCAUUAAACUUUAGUUGACAAAUACAUAUAAGCUACCAAAACUUUUAUUAAACACUAGGAUUUUGUUAAUACAUGCCUGACAUGUUGCGCACUAUUAAUUUACUAACAAUUGAGUUAUACAAACACCAUGAUUGGUUAAAAUAACAAAAAUGUUUGUUUCCAGUGUCAAUAGUUUCUUACGCCAUAAUGGUGAUGCAUAUAGUUAUUGGUAUAUGAUGGAUGUUUUAUGUCAGCAUGCAAUUUAUUAUGUUUGGUGCAUUUGUGUAUCCAGUCUGGAAUUGGAGAAAACUUGUUAAUUUCUUUAUUUGUUGUGCAUGGUAGAUAGAAUUGUAAGGCAGACUAGUAAAAAGUGACCUAAAUAGUAUUGCUGUUUCAAUAAAUAUGUGUUUUCUGGAUCUCCAUAACAAUGGGAAAACCUAUCUAAGCUGUAGAUACAAACAAUCCUGACCGAAUUUAUCCAACCAUGAUAGCUCCAUUAUAAAAACAAUGGUUGAUACAGUUUGCGAUUUUGAAAGGAUUUGAAAUUUGUAUGCUUUGUAUGCCCAAAUUAUUGGGUAAAUCCAAAAUUGAGCCCAUUUAAGACAACUUGAGCUGCAUGCUCUUCUUAGGUACAUGUUUAAAAAAUAAGGGCCUUAUUUAAGAACUUAAUAGAUGUUCCUUAAAUUCUGAUAAUAAUAAUGAAGUCUGCUUUGUGAAGCAGAUAUAAAGUAACAUGAAGCACAUUUCAUGUCAUCAAAAUUAUCCUGUUAUUUUUUGCCAUUAUGUAUCAAUACACAUUUACAUUGCGAAUGUGUUUUCUAGUUGUUUAUGUUAUAUAAUUGUAUAGAUUUUAAUAAAUUGUGAUGAAACAAGA